CGCACCACGACAGGGAGCGCCCGCUCACCGGACAUCUCACCGGACAGCUCACCGGACAGCUCACUGGACAGCGGCAGGCAUGCGGUCCACGCCGCAGCUGGUCACCCUGCUGACAAUCUGCUGCUCGUCCGCCCUGUCGGCGCUGGUGCCGCACGUGACAAAUCAGGAAGAGAAUGUGGUUCUGGAGGACGACGAUUCCAUCCUGUCGCCGCUGAAGCCGUUUCACGUCAUUCAUGAGUGCAUAAACACAACGUCAGUCGAUGGAGUGUUCUACAUCAAGUCCCCAGGCCGGGAAGAGACGUGCGGUCUCUACCUAUUUUCGGCUGUCAAUACCGUUAUCGAAAUCGAGCUAGAAUAUGUCAACGUGCCCUGCCAUACGGGCGGCCUCAUUGCGCUGGUGGACGGCUGGGAGAUGAACGGCCAGCUCUUCCCGGGCCCAGCGGACCACCCGCUGCCGGUGCGCGAGCGGUACCUGGAGCACUGCGGUACCACGACCACCCUGCAGCCGGUGCGCAGCGCGCAGAACGCCGCCCUGCUGCAGUACCGCCUUCCGGUCGCCGGCUCGGCCAUCUCCCUCCGCGUCCGCCACCUGCCCAACCCAGCACCCUGCAGUCAGCUGGUGGAGGGCUCGGAGAUCUUCACCCUGCGCAGUGUCGGCCGGCGCAACAACUGCACCCUGCUCAGCCUGAACCCGGUGGAGUUCCGGGUGCUCUCCUACCGCGUCGGCGUGCCACCCCCAGGCAUUAUGCCCGAGGCGCUCACUGGACCCCUCCUCAAGUGCGACCAGCGUGCCUGGCAGGACCUGGUGGAGGUGGGGGAGGCCGCUGGACUGGACGCGACCCUGUCGUUGGUAACCACUCGUCUCUGCGGCCGCAGUUUGACCCCAGGACCCAUUCAAAACACCUGCAGCGGCAUGUUCGUGACGAGACUGAUCUCUAGCGGCUUUUUCAACAACGUGGUCAACGUCAAAGCCAGGCUGCUUACCACCGAGGAAAUGAUUACGCGCUGUUUUAGCCAGUACGACAUCCCGCAGGAUUUAGGUGACGCACUCGAAGAUUACGGCUGGUAAACGCGGCCAUGCAUCGAACAGCUGUGUAAUAUUAACCUUCAGUGAUUGGCUCGAUCAAGUCAUGAAAUACAAUCCUGGUGUACA